GAUUCCUUUACCUUUUUGACAGGCAGACGUAGAAGCAGCUCUUUUUUCGAGCCGCUAUUAAAAUCUGCUUUUUUCAAUUACAUCGCGUUUUUAAAAACAAUUCAUUAUGGUCGUAAAGAAGCCUAAGCCAAAGAAGAAGCCAGUUACCAAGAAGGUAGCACCAGCCCCAUUGGCCGUGAAGAAACCUGUUGUUAAGAAGGUUGUAAACCAACUCUUUGAGAAGCGUCCAAAGAACUUUGGCAUUGGUCAAAAUGUCCAACCCAAACGUGACUUAUCUCGUUUCGUCAAAUGGCCCAAAUACAUUCGUGUUCAACGUCAAAAGGCUGUAUUGCAGAAGCGUUUGAAGGUACCACCACCAAUUCACCAGUUCACUCAAACCCUGGACAAAACUACAGCUGUCAAGAUGUUCAAGCUGUUGGAAAAAUACCGCCCAGAGUCUGCUUUGGCUAAGAAGCAACGUUUGAAGAAAAUUGCUGAAGCCAAAGCCAAGGGUAAAGAUGUGCAACCCAAGAAAAAACCAUCUUUCGUUCGUUCGGGCACAAACACCGUAACCAAAUUGGUUGAGCAGAAGAAGGCUCAGUUGGUUGUCAUCGCUCACGAUGUUGACCCAUUGGAGUUGGUUCUGUUCUUGCCUGCCCUUUGCCGCAAAAUGGGUGUGCCUUACUGCAUUGUUAAAGGCAAGGCUCGUUUGGGAUUGCUGGUUCGCCGUAAGACCUGCACAACCUUAGCGCUGACAAACGUUGAGGCCAACGAUAAGGCGAACUUCGCUAAGAUCUUGGAGGCUGUUAAGACCAACUACAACGAUCGUCAUGAUGAAAUCCGCAAGCACUGGGGCGGUGGUAUUCUGGGUUCCAAGAGUUUAGCUCGUAUUGCUAAAUUGGAACGCGCCAAGGCACGUGAAUUGGCACAAAAGCAAGGCUAAGCAGCUGAUGCAUGUAUCAGUUAAGUGUUUUUUAAUUAUGGGAUUUUGUCAAUCAGCAGGAUGUAAAGACAAAUGAAAAAUAAAUAAAAUAGUUUGUACUGAACUUCCAUGAAGUACGUAUGAUCUUG